ACCGGUUGGAAAAGUUUUGGAGAAGGUCCUGAGCAAGUGACAUCUGUGUUCCCUCACAUCUUUUCCUGAGAACUUCAGGAAAACGUCUUUCUGGAUGGUUCAUACUGGCUGUGUGCCUGUCAUGUCACAGUCAGGUAAGGUUAUAGUUAAUGACCAGGGAAACAAGCUGGACAUCAACCCCUGGAACCUGUUACAAAGAAAAUAGUCGUCCACAUGACCCGUGCACUUUCCUCUUUAAGCCAUCGCUCCCGAUCGAGCGGACAUUCAGAAGACGACCCCGCACUCGACCACACACCGAACCACCUGAUCCACUCGUCCUCAGCAUGGACCUGAGAUUCCUGUUUGUCGCCUCGGCUCUCGUUCUGGGGGCCACCAUCACCAUGCUCCUGGCAGAGGAAACCGAACAGUGCAAAGUCAAAUGGUUGUUUGGCAUUUCAUGCAGUGAAGUUAACGAGAAGCUGGUGAGCCAGAUCAAGGCGUGGCAGAGCAGGCCGAGCUGUCUAGCCGCAGGGGAGAGGUGCUCGUAUGAGCUCGUGUCAUCAGCUCCGUACAUGAUCCAGGCCACGCACAUGUCUCCGAAAACAAAGAAAGUCAACGACCUUCAGUUUCUUCUGGAGCAGUCCACUGUUUGCAAGAUGAGUGGUGAUGCUGUGUCCGAGGUUUCCAAAGACCCCGCUGACAAUAACACAAACUACUGCAGCCUCCAGAACCUGAUGGACGGGAGUGGGCUGAUUGAUGCUGAAGGAUACAAACAGUUCAGCAACAAGUGGAUCUGCCCUGGGUUUGAUACGGCCGACUGUACCUUUUCUUAAGAGGAGAGUAAAUCCUCUUGGUAGAAUUAUAUCCUUAUUAUAUACCAACAUAUACCAACUAAUAUGUAGACUAGUGACCUUCAAGAAUAAUAUAACUUCUGAGUAAACUGUUUGUUUUUCAUCUGUUGAUCCUAUGUAUGAGCAUUAUUCAAGUUUUCUUUAAAAGCUUUUUCAUAUGUAAUAAAAUGUGAAG